AUAUGGAGGUGCAGCUGUCCCCUUCAGACAGGCCAGCGCUCUGCCUUUGAGCAACCUUCAUAUCUGCUCGCUCCCUUGUAAAAACAAAUCGCCAAGUGGAACUAAGUUUCAUUGUUAAACUUAAAGAAGGGUUUUUUUUUGUAGGAGGAAUUGAUCAAAACACAGCGAACACUGAAGUGUUUUUUGAUUUUCACGGAAGGAUACCAAUUUACAGGAAACUAUUUUUUUCAAUUUUUCUCUCAACUGUGGAAACUCAUUUGCUUGGAAAAAAUAAAGUACUUUUCUUCAGGGAGCCUGUCAUGAGCCAAGAGGAGGAGCCAGGACACGAGACACCUCAAACCCACGAUCUGCUGGGCCUUCUGCUGAAGAACAGACGCCCCCCCAGCCCCGCCAACCAGGUCUGGCCCGGCCUCUACAUCGGAGAUGUCGCUACCGCCAAGGAUAAGGGGCUCUUGGGGACCCUGGGGGUGACACAUGUGCUGAACGCCGCAGACGGGCCCCAGCACAUUGACACCGGGGCGGUUUAUUACGACGACACCGACAUCGUCUAUUAUGGGGUGGAAGCGGCGGACCACAAAACCUUUGACCUCAGCCCCUUCUUCCACCCCGCCGCUGAAUUCAUCCAGGACGCCCUGGCCCAAAAAGGUACGGUGCUGGUGCACUGCGCCCGGGGCGUCAGCCGCUCCGCCGCCCUGGUCCUCGCCUUCCUCAUGAUCCGAGAGCGCCUGUCCCUGGUCGACGCCAUCAAGGCCGUGUGCAGCCACAGGAACAUCCUGCCCAACGCCGGCUUCCUGCGGCAGCUCCAUCACCUGGACACUUCCCUGGCUGCCGAGAGAAGCAGGACGUAGACGGGGGGGGGGGGGUGGGGGGUGGAGGGGGAAGAGGAGCAGGAGGAGGAGAUCAAAACGCAGAGCCAGAGAGUCACGUAUUCACCGAGCACUAGAUGCACAUUUCAAUGGCACCAUUCCAAGAAACAUGGAUCCACAGUCUGUAGCCAGAGUGUGUACAAUCGCAGGGAUCACAUGUUGAAGAGUUCUGCAGGGUUUGUCAGAGAGAUAGACCGCGCGGAGCGAGAGAGAGAGAGCGAUAGACUGCACGUGUUCUGCUGCGUGGCGUCUAUCUAGACACCUAUAAAUAAACAAUGCCCCAUUUAUUUAUUCACUCGGCUCAAAAACACAGUGUCUAAACUGCUGAAAUCUUGCACUCCAACCGCUAAGACCGCGCUGCCUUAAGAGGUUUGAUAGGAGCUGACAGAAAUAUGCCAGCAUCGUUCAGAGCGUGUAUACAGAUUCAGGUCAGACUUUGAACAGAGAUGAAACAGCAGAGCCAUCUUAAUAAGAAAUGCUCCACAGCGCGCGCGCACGCAAACACACACACACACACACACACACACACACACACACACACACACACACACACACACACACACACACACACACACACACACACACACACACACAGACAGAGCCAGGGCUGAGAGAGGGAGAUAGAGAGAGAUGCUGUCAAAAUAAAAGGAAUUGGAUAUCA